UGACUGUCUCGCGUCCAUCUUCCCCCGUCUUUGACGCUACCGUCUUAUAUCUCUUGUCUACCAAAUGAGCUCUGUCGCACGCGCCCUCCGCACGUCCCUUCGCGCCCGCGCGCCGCUUUCGGCACGCGCUGGUCAAGCGUCGUCCGCUCGUGCUGCCCUCGGCCGUCGUACGAUGAGCUCGAGCGCACACGGCCAUGGUGCUAGCGGCGGAAGCGAUACCGUUUGGAUGAUUGGCUCGGCGGUUGUCUUUGGUCCUGCACUUGUAUACCUUCUUUCGCCUGCUUCCCGCAAGCCCGCUCACAAGGUCGCCGAGGCGCAUGAGCCUCACCAUGUUACAACUCAGCAGGAGACGAAAGAAGAGCCUCCCAUGAAGGAUGACGAAGGCACCGAAGUCUCCGGCGAGGAAAUUAAGGACUCCAUGUCGAAAGCCUUUGACUCCGAUUCGCCCAAGGAUGCCCAGGAUGCCGAGGAGGAGCAGAAGGGUGAAUCUUCUGGUGCUGAAGAGAAAGCUGAGGAGGGUGAGCAGAAGGAAGAGAAGAAGGACGAGGGUGCGGAGGUCAAGGGGAAGGAAGGCGAGAAGAAGGACGACAAGGCGGAAGACAAGGAAGAGGACAAGGUGCCCGAGGUGCAUGAGCCCACUAAUAUGGGUGAGGCGCGUUUGCAGGCUAAGAGCGGCGUGCAGCCCAAGGAGGCUGACCCCAAGACCGAAUCAUGAUUUACUCCUCCCUGUCUUUAGGGUCACAAAAGGUUGUCACUGCCGACUUUGGAUCCCGAGUCUGAACUGCCAUCGAGGUGAUCCCAAGUACGCUCGCCGUCAUAGACUAGAGUUUGUCGGUAGAAUGAAAUGGGCUAGCUCGCGUGGAAGCUUGCCGAUUCGACUCUCAUUUGUU